AUGGCGCCAAAAGCGAAGAAGGAAGCUCCUGCCCCUCCCGAAGCCGAGGCCAAAGCGAAGGCCUUGGAAGCUAAGAAGGCAGUGCUGAAAGGCGUCCACAGCCACAAAAAGAAGAAGAUCUACACGUCACCCACCUUCCGGUGGCCCAAGACCCUGCGGCUCCAGAGGCAGCCCAAAUACCCUGGAUUGAGUGCGCCCAGGAGAAACAAGCUGGACCACUAUACCAUCAUCAAAUUCCCCCUGACCACUGAGUCAGCCAUGAAGAAAAUAGAGGACAACACACUUGUGUUCAUUGUGGAUGUCAAGGCCAACAAGCAUCAGAUCAAACAAGCCAUGAAGAAACUAUAUGACAUUGAUGUGGCCAAAGUUAAUACCCUGAUAAAGGCCUGA